AUGUCUGAAGCGCCCAUGCGCCGCGGAAAUGAACCUAACAUUUUACCAUUCUUCCGCCAGCCGAACCCCAGCCCAGCGCCCGUACCAGAAUUCUCCGCCCUCUACACGAGACCUCCCGAUUUACCCAUUUGGACCGCCAUUGUCUCUCGUCAAAACGCAUUCCUCCCCAUUGGCGCCGGCCUUGAAUUCGCCUCCUUUGUUAUUCCUGCCUGA